AUGUUGACGAAGCUUCUUCGUUCCCGAUUCUUUACAAAGAAUUCAUUUCUCCAAACACAGUGUUUUUCCAAGACUCCCAGCUUUCAUCAUGGCGACUUUGAAUGGCAAGAUCCGAAAUCGGAAGACGAAGUGGUAAACAUUACUUAUGUGACCAGAGAUGGUUCUAAUAAAAAAAUUAAAGGCAAGGUUGGAGAUAAUGUGAUGUAUCUGGCCCAUCGGUAAGCUCAAGGUUUUUUGUAUUGUUUUUCUAAUUUUAUAGCAUCCAUCUGGUUGUCAAUAAUUUUAUUUGACUACUUUUUAGACAUAACAUCGAAAUUGAGGGUGCCUGUGAGGCAUCUCUUGCAUGUUGUACCUGUCAUGUUUACGUUGAACAGCAAUAUUUUGACAUUCUCCCUGAACCUAAAGAAGAAGAAGAGGAUAUGUUAGAUAUGGCCCCAGUUUUGAAGCCAACCUCACGACUUUCUUGCCAGAUUAUACUUUCCAAGGAUCUUGAUGGAAUCACUGUAACUCUACCAAAAAUUACACGGAAUUUCUACGUUGAUGGACAUGUUCCUGAGCCUCAUUGA